AUGUCAAGCUUUUAUAACGAAGCAAAGUUUUUAAUUUCGGAUGGAGAGCAAAUGAGGAUCGAUACAUAUGCAGUUGGUCGGAAAACCAUGCAGCAAUCCGACGCAUUCAAGGGUACAUUUUAUGAAAACUUUACAUUGGUGUAUGCUCUUCCACUUUCAAAUCAUGACAACUCUUCGUUGAUGCUGAUUGCGGGUUUCUACGCUUUGCUGUUCAUGUUUGGAACAUGUGGAAAUGCUGCUAUUCUUGCAGUAGUUCAUCAUGUUAAAGGACAAGAUCCGCGAUCGCGACACAAUACCACUCUGACAUACAUUUGCAUAUUGAGCAUUGUGGAUUUUUUAUCCAUGUUACCAAUUCCAAUGACCAUCAUCGACCAGAUCCUUGGAUUUUGGAUGUUUGACACAUUUGCCUGCAAAUUGUUUCGCCUCUUGGAGCACAUAGGAAAGAUUUUCAGCACGUUCAUUCUUGUGGCAUUUUCAAUUGAUAGAUACUGUGCCGUUUGUCAUCCGCUACAGGUUCGAGUGCGCAAUCAACGAACAGUUUUUGUGUUUCUUGGAAUUAUGUUCUUUGUGACCUGUGUCAUGUUAUCGCCAAUCUUGUUAUAUGCUCAUUCAAAGGAACUUGUCAUGCAUGAAAAAGUCGACUUGGAUCAAGAAGUCAUCACUCGAAUGCAUCUGUAUAAGUGUGUCGAUGAUCUUGGUCGCGAGUUGUUUGUUGUAUUUACUUUGUACUCUUUUGUUUUGGCAUACCUGAUGCCACUUCUUUUCAUGAUCUAUUUUUACUACGAAAUGUUGAUCAGGCUCUUCAAACAAGCAAAUGUCAUCAAACAGACUCUUGUUGGAAGAAGAAGUGGUGGAGAAGAAAAGAAAUUGACGAUUCCAGUAGGCCACAUUGCAAUUUAUACACUUGCCAUUUGCUCUUUCCACUUCAUUUGCUGGACACCAUACUGGAUCUCAAUUCUCUACUCUUUGUACGAGGAGCUGUACCAAGAUACAAAGAGCACUGCUUCUCCACCAACGUACGCGUUCAUAUACUUUAUGUACGGCGUACACGCACUACCAUAUAUCAAUUCUGCAUCCAACUUUAUUCUCUAUGGACUUUUAAAUCGUCAGCUGCACAAUGCUCCAGAGCGAAAAUACACUAGAAAUGGAGUGGGAGGCCGCCAAAUGUCACAUGCAUUGACGACGAACACCCGACCUGAAUAUAGCGAGCUAAUCGCAAUACCAUCCAGCAGUUGUCGCCCGGAUUCUCGAGUGUCGGCAAUGAUCCAUAACAACAAUAACAACACGGAAUCUUUACCUCUGGCACAGAACAUCUCGAAUAUGACUAACAAAGAUUCUGCAACUAUUGUUCCAAUGCCAAUGUCUGCCAACGUCGACGGGAAUGAGAUCUACAAUUGGAUCACUCCAGAUACGGAGUCUGUAAUUCUGUAAAUUAUAUUGAUACCCAUCAUCGUGUACAACCUGCUGAUUUGCAUUCUUUUUCUGAUUUUUCAUGCUGUUGUUUUCUGCCACCAGUUGACUUUCAGUCAAAACUGAUACAAUACUUUCUUUGAAGUGUACCCUUGCUUGACUAGAUUCCCUCUUUAUGCUUCAAAUAGCUGCAACUAGCUAAACGCUCUGCUUGUCUUACAAUUGGUUUCGGGACUUUAACAAUUCCAGUGCUAAAUUAUUUUCCAGGUUUAGUAAAUUCAUGUGCUUCUUAUUGAUAUUAUGAUCUCGUUUGUAAAUUCUCAUUGAUCUUUUUAUUUCUUCCAAUUUCUAAUGCUUUUUGUUUAGUUUUUACAAUUUCUCCAUUAAUAAAUGAUUUUAACGUUAA